AUACGGAACCAAUACGAUUGAGUAUCUCGUUCUGUAACUAACUGGUACAGUGCCAGGUACAAUACGAGUUCCCGGAUACUUCUGUAAUGCAUUCUUCGCAUGGUGACGAUUUUUCAAAAUCCGAAAGAUACCGUACAGAGCGUAGGCACUUACGGCACCUCGUACUACUACCGCUGCAGGGUUGUUCUUUUCAAUUCUGCAUCUUGCCCCCGUUAUCGCUCAGGAGGAUUAAGUUCAAUGACCUUCAAGGUAGACGAUUCCAGCAAACAUAACCAGCGACGAUGAUUUUUUCGGUGGCUGCCCAGUCGCGAUUCUCUCCUAAAUGCAAGGUGCUAUUGGCAAGAACAUACCAAUUUCAUCAUGCUCCUAGGUUCUGUCCUCGCCAUUUUUCUUCUUCUGUGCCUACUCGAUUGAGCAACAGCGAGGAGAAACACAAAAGCUCUGGUGUUUUGAAAUCAACAAAGGACACGUUGUUUGACAGGGUAGUAACACCAAAAAACCAGUUUUAUGCGCUUGUUGCGGGUGGUUCUCUCGGUGCUUACAUUAUUUCGAAGGGUUUGUUGACCUUCACCGGAUUUUUUACACACUUGGUGAGUCGUAAGAGAUAUGAAUCUUCCAUGGAACGGACCGUCAAGAUUGUAUUAUCCGUUAGUUUCUCAACGGUGAUUCUCUUAGUCACCUAUCACCGUCGCUAAGUAUAGUUUUUACACAGGUUUUGGUACUGCAUCGGUCCUCGGCGGAAUGGCUUUAGUGACAGCAGAUAAUCUCUAUAUUCGUGCCGACCCGGUCUACAAAUACUGCAAGAGUUGGGUAACGAACGAUGUUAGGAUAGAGAAUGCCCUGGGUAGCGGCCUUUAUGGGGGGAAACUCCGGAGCUAUCGUCUCGAUCCGGGAAAUUUCAAACUAAAGGGUAAAUCGAUGAUCUGGCGACCUCCCAGGAUUCAAAUGAUUUUUGACAUCAAAGCUAGCGACCCACCCUACCGAACGGGUCUUGUAACUUGUGAGGCAAACAAAGCGUUUGGUUUCCCCCCAAGAUUGAAAACAGAUUUAUUGAAAGUAGACUACACGAUAGGUGACGAGAAAAGAGCAAUAUUUUUGGUAGGCAAAGAAGAGGACAUGACAAGAGUGUCUUCUAGGUCAGGGUUGAGCCUUGAGAAACUGGCGCAAUAUGUUCACAUUGAGGAAGACAGGAAAAUACUUUAAUUCGAAAAUGUUACUUCAGAUUUAAUCCAAGAGAUUUGCACUACGAAAAUCAUCUCCUACCAAUUGCAUCUGUUGCGAAUCAAAAACGUUCUUUUCGCCUGAUAUCGUUGCGAGGACUUGCAUUUUCCAAAGCUUAGAACGCACUCGUUCUUGUGGUCGAAGCUAAUUUGGGCACCUAUGUCAUCGCGCGAAUAGGAAGCAAAAAAGUCUGUUAGUUUGCUUCGAUCUAGAAAAAUGUCACGAGCGUUCGACACGACAGACUCAGAGAAAGAAUAUGCCGAUUCCUAUAUUACUCGACUGGUGCGUUCUUGGCUUUCUAUGGCAGAGGUGAAGCUCAUAGAUAUAAGGAGCAAUCCUCUAUGGCAGUAAGAAAGCCGUGAAUCGUGUCCGAUACGAUGGGAUUCCAUUGGAUGCGAUGUGGCACGACUGAUACGAGAAGCUACGCACCGUAAAAUGUGUGGAGAGUAACAUUCAAAUGCUGUCCACUUCAUUCCAAAAUCUGUCAACCUUGAAAUAUUGCAUAGGAGCAUCGCCGCACUUGCUGGACAAAGCACUGGUGAACGAUCCAUUCGAGAGUAUUGCUACAAGGUCAAUAUAGCGUCGAGGUGGGAAAAUAUUAACCACGAUGGCAGUUUUGUCCGUGUCGUGCACCGGGCAUUCGAGGGCGCUCCUGAGAGGUUAAAAAAAUGUCAGGGAGGACAGAGUGAGCUAGGUAAGAGUGCCGGAGCUUUUUGAAUGUCUUUCCUCGUGAUGAAUCAAUGGAAUGCUAUGGAAUCCUCGGAGAAUACAAACCUAAAAUGUUGUGUCGAUCAAAAAUUUAUUCCGAUAAAAUAAAACAAGUAAUCUUCGUCAUCGGAGACCAGCCGUCGAACGGACACAAAUGAACACAUUACCAGAUUCGUACCUUGCGUUCUUCGUUUCAACCCAUGGCACUGUCGGCGUCAGGCUACGGAAGGUGAGAAAUCUAUGGAAUGAAGAAAGAUGCGAAAAAAGAACGAAGUGUCAGAGAUCUGCACCAACCAUUAAAUGGAUUCCGUAAGAUAUCACGGAACACAUCGAGCUUUCGCAGAUAUUUUCUCUCAACCUGCGUUUUUUCUACACAUAUCCUUCGGAUAGAGCUAAUAACAAAGUUAUCUUCAUCGAGAACCUAUCUUCAAACAACUAAUAUUCAAUCGCCUGGCAUUCAUUGCAGAGAAUAUCUUCCAAUUAUAAACACUUACAAUUAGUUUUACCCGGAGGAGAUCUUGUACCAUCGAUACCGAAGCUUGGGUUGUCACGUGCCGGAGUUUGAAAGCAUUGUUGUCCUUGGCAAGAGCUACGGUUCAAAGUGGUUCCAUCGUAGUGCCUGAGUGUAGGCUUUCUGAAAGCACUACGAAAUGUUGUGUUAAGUUCAUUGGAUUGACAAGAGCUACAAAAUCAACAAUUCCGUCAGCAAUGAAAAAUGUGGUCCUAAAUCCGUAUCAUGAAAACUACGGAAGGCAUCACGGAAAACUAAAUCCUCCGUACGGUAAUACGGAUUGAUGGCUGUAAGGUGAUGGCAUCAUGGAUGGUUCGAUUUCACAUCGAAGUGUUAUUUAUUUGU